AUGUCACUAAAAACCACCAAAAUAUAUUUUCAAAUUAUUCUAGACACUAUUGUGAAAUUGCAUGACAUAAAUGGAAACUUAAAAAGUAUCCAGACACUGCAAAGGACUAGAGGCGCUACAUUUUUCGCUCUUCAUACCGAGAAAAUUACCUCAACCACAGGAGACAUUCACUAUCUUAUCCGUUUAGCAGUAGUGGUACGGAGAAAAAUCCAGCUGUAUUAUUUGAAAAACAAUCGUCUACAAUCUCUAUGCGAAGAUGUUACCCUUACGGACACCCCCAAAGCCAUUUCCUUGUGCCAAAACGUAAUCUGCCUUGUCUAUCGUGACAAAUACACUUCACUUACUCUAGGAGAUGGCAAAGAAACCGACCUAAUUCCUACAAGCAAUACAAACGAACCUUGCCUAUUAGCAGUCUCAGAUUCUCACUUUCUUUUGAGCAGAGACGAGCAAACAAUUUUGGUAAAAACUUCAGGAGAAACCAACAGAUUGAAAUGGCCAGAUUCACCAAUUUAUUUAGCCCACGACGAGCCCUAUACUUUGGGAGUUUUAACAGAUUCGAUUUUGGUUUGCAGCUUGGAGCCUGGCAAAGCGAUCCAGGCCCUCAUUGAUAUGCCUAAAGUAAGGUUGUUAGUUAGGGCUAAAUGCGGUAUAAUUUUUGCUGCUUCUUUGUGUCAAAUUUGGUGCCUGGUUGCAGUGGAUUAUGCGAAACAAGAGGAGAUUCUGCUCGAUGCUAUGGAAUUUGAAUUGGCACUCAAAAUAAUUCAAAUUUCUGAUGAAUGUGAAGAGGAAAAACAAGCAAAAGUCAAUUACAUUCGUUCGUUGUUAGCUUACCAACUGUUUGUCAAAAAGCAAUUUGCUGAAAGCAUGAGGGAAUUUUUGAAAUCAGGCACUGAUCCUUACGACGUCAUAGGAUUAUAUCCAGACAUGUUACCUCAGAAUGCACAAGACGAAAUUCCAAUUAACUUCAAAAAACUAACCGAACAAGAGUUGCAAGACAGCAUUUUGGCCCUGUGUGAUUACUUAACAACCAUCAGAAACGAAUCUGGAAAUGCAAACGAACUUAUGCGAACAAUUGACACUAUUUUGGUUAAAUGCUAUCUACAAACCAAAGACGCAAUGGUAGGGCUAAUUUUGCGACAAAACAAUUGCGAUUUUGUUGAAAUUGAAAAGCUUUUAAAGAAAAUGCAACGGUUUGAUGAUCUUCUGACUUUGUAUGAAACUAAAGGGCACCACAAGAAGGCCUUAGAAUUGCUUCAAUUAGAGACAACAUUAAAGGAGGAUAACUUGGCAAAAACCAUAGAUUAUUUGCAACAAUUGGGUCCUGAUAAUAUCGAAAUUAUUUUUGAGUUUUCUGAAUGGGUGUUGAUUUUAGAGCCUGAAAGGGGUAUUGAAAUUUUUACAGCUGAUUUAAUUGAAGUGGAACAUCUCCCAAGACCUGUCGUACUGGAUUUUCUAUUGAAGGAACAUCCGAAUUUGGUCAUUCAAUACCUAGAACAUGUUAUUGAUAAUUGGGAAGAACAAAGCCCUUCAUUCCACAAUACAUUAAUCAAUCAGUACUUGGAAAAAAUCAGUGCACAAGGCAAUCGUGACAAAUUAUUAAAGUUUUUGGAUAGAAGCACUCAAUAUAAUACUGAGGAAAUACUUAAAAAUUUUCCUGACAAUUUACUUGAAGAAAAAGCUCUAAUCUUGGGAAGAUUAGGUUUACACGAUCAGGCUAUUGCUCUAUAUGUUAGAGUUUUAGGUGAUGUCGAACUGGCUGAGACUUAUUGCAAUCGAAAAUAUCGAAAAGAAGAUAUUGAAAGUCAAAAUGUUUAUGUAUAUUUGAUCAAGUUGCUCCUAAAUCCAGACAAUCACAAAUUAGGAGUCACCCUUUCGCCUAAAACUGCGAAACCCGAUAUGGAAAGGGCUUUAAGAAUUUUGAAAGAUAAUGCUGCCAAGAUUGAUCCUCUUGAAAUAUUGCCCGAAUUACCAAAUGAUGUUUCAGUUUCGGAGAUUCAUACAUUUUUAACGGUUGCCUGGCAAAAAGUAUUGAGAGAGAGACGAGAAGGUGAAUUAAUGCGCGGGCUUCUAUACGCCCAAUUUUUGCAAAGUAAAGAACGCAGAAUGAAUUUGUUGAACAAGCACGUGCUCAUUACAGAAUUGAGCGUUUGUCCGGCUUGUAAAAAGCGAUUCUCCAACCAAACUGCCUUAGUUAGGUAUCCCAAUGGCGAUGUUGUCCAUUUCGCUUGCUUCACCGAAAGAUAA